AUGCUGAUUGAUGCUGUUGCCACAUUAUACUUCCUUGACGAAAGCACGGAUGCUGACUCUAAUAAAUUAUUGGAUUCUAUAAAGAAGAUUCCCGAGCAUAUUCGAACAAAGCUUGCUACCUCUCAUCCAAAGACUAUUAAUUGCAAAGUAAAACUUUCCCGCCAAGACCCGUGUGAGCCGUUCAAUUGUAUAAUGGAUUUUUGGAGUGUUAUUUACGAAAUGCAAAUUAUCAGUCAGCUUCAAUUUACUGCUGCUCAGGAAUUUAAAUUUAUAAACGAUGAAUAUAACACAACUUUUCGCAAGAUAUCUGAAUUUCGUGAUUGGAUGCUAAUAAAUUCAACAAGAAAUCCGUUAGAUUUUACUCCACAUCAACGACUUUUGUGGAUAUAUGAAAAUGACGACAAUGUCCCCGCUAUUAAAGCUAAGCACAUGUUAAAUAAUAUCAUUCAGGACAUUCUAUAUGGCUGGCACAAUAAAUUGUGGAAUAACAGUUUUAACGACAUAGUAGACGAUGAUGUGACCGCUUCAAAAUUUUCAAAGGCAA